AUGAAUACCCUGAUUAAAAUUCCUGGAGCCGCCACUGGUGAAAAUGUGUUCAACCUCAUAUAUCAACUUGAGGAGUCUAGUUAUAUGGUUCUCUCACACCAGGACGAGUCGGGGAACAAUGCUCUGCAUUCGGCUGCAUUGUUGGGACCUCAGCAGCAACUCAGUCUCAGAGUAAGUGCAGCUAGUGCAGCUCUACAAAUGCAGCCCGAAAUGCAAUGGUUUAAGGAAGUAGAAAAAUUGGUACGGCCUAUUGACAGAGAAGUGACGAAUACUAAUGGAAUGACACCUGGAGAAGUAUUUACUGAUACACACCAGGAGUUGGUAAAGGAAGGAGAGAGGUGGAUGAAAGACACUGCGACUUCAUGCACAAUUGAAGCUGCCCUCAUUGCCACCGUGGUUUUUGCAGCUGCCAUUACAGUGCCAGGUGGAAACAACAACAAUGACGGACAUCCAUAUUUUUCCAAACAUAAAGCCUUUAUAAUCUUCGGCAUAUUUGAUGCAUUGGGUCUUUUCUCAUCCAUUACUUCUGUGUUGAUGUUCUUGUCCAUCCUUACUGCUUGCUACGCAGAAGAGGAUUUUCUCUAUGCUCUCCCCAAAAGAUUAAUCAUUGGUCUUGUUAUGUUAUUUGUCUCUAUAUUAUCCAUGAUGAUUGCCUUUGGAGCCACACUCUAUCUAAUGUUUGGAGAUAAUAAGGUCUGGAUUCUUGCUCCUGUCGUUGGAUUCUCCUGCAUACCUGUGACCUUGUUUGCAGUCUUGCAAUUUCCUCUCCUUGUAGUGAUGAUAAAAUCCAUUUCGGGUUCGGGCAUCUUUGGCAAGCGAAGUGAUCGUAUGCUCAUGUAG